AUGCCUGCCGAAGGAUUACGCGCUCGCCGCUAUGUUUAUGGCGGUCUGUUGGCCGCCGUUGGCGUGGCUGUAGCUCUGGCCCUCGUCUUCACUGUGGGUGGUGCUGGCCAGAAAGACAAGGCCGCAGUCGCCUCGGAGCCGAAUGUGGCCUCCCUCGACACUGACGUCGAUACCUGGACCCCGCCUAAGGCUUCGGAGCCUGAAGAAUCUGCGAGCACCGGCCAGACAUUCACUAAUGCCAACGCCAAUGCCCUCACCGGCGCAAUCAAGGGCGACCCCUUGCAGGCUAUCGCGACCAUGGGUGCUGAUGUCAAUCUGAAGGAUUUCGUGGGCCAGAACUCCUGCUGGCCUGCGGAUGGUGCUGAGCUCUUGGACGCUGUCGAGAACCAGGGCUGUGAAUUGGUUGUCUUGAGCAGCGGUGACCCCGAUGCCUAUGCUCUUGACGAAGAUAUUAAGGUGAACCGUUACGUCCGCGUGAUGGGCAAUCCCGCCGUGCUUCCUCAGAUCGAUGCGGAGGACGCCGAACGUGCCUUCACUGUCGGGCCCGGGGGUCUCCUUGAGCUGCAGUUUGUCCGUGUCCGACAGGGCGGGGGGACCGUGCGCGACCGCUACGGCUUGGAGGGCUCGGGCUCCUCCUCUGUGGUGGGCGAGGUCCGUGGUGGCUGUGUGUCGGUGGAGCCGGGGGCUCUGGGGGCCAACUUUGUGGGCGUGACCUUCAUUGCUGUUGCCAACGAUUGGGACUCCGUCCAAGGCGCGAUCGAGGAUCAGAUCGACUUUGUCGGUGGGCGAAUCUACGGUGGCCACGUCUACGUCGCCGCCGGGACUGUCAACUUCUUCGGCUGCAACUUCUGGGACACCACGCUUCUCCUCCCUUUCACUGACCAGGUCUCUAUCGGUGGUGACGUGCUCGUUGUGGCCGGGAACGCCUUCUUUACCGGCUGCACUUUCACCGCUACCCUUCUCUUUGGUAACUUCGGUGGCGCGGGUUUCAACGUUGCCGUCUUGGGUGGCAAUGCCGUCUUUACUUUCUGCGUUAUCCAGGCGCAAGGCGUGGCCCAGUCGGCCAACGGUGCGGGCCAGAUCCUUUUCGUGGGUGGCGGGACCAUGAUCCUUACCGGCUUGGACUUCCGAUUCGCCGCCCCCAUCCUCUUCUUUAGUGGUAUCGGCGAUUUCUUUGUCGGCGGUGGUGUAAUGAUCUUCACGGGUGUCACGAUCGAGAACACGUACCCCAUCCUCGCUGCCUAUGGCGCUGGUUUCUACCUGGCUGUCGGUGGUGGCGUCAUGGUCGAGACCGGGGUCACCUACGUCCAGUUCAAUUGCCCCGCUCACCAAGGCCUCACGGGUGCUUCCAUCUUCACGGGCGCGGGUGUCUCCAUCCACGUCGGUGUCCCCGCGUCCUUCUACGGUACCACUGUCCUCUUCACGGGCCAGGGUGGAUUCUCGUACAACGGUGCCGGCUACUCUCUGUGGUUGGGCAGCCCCAUUGCGAUUUUCCUGGCCACCUUCGCCUUCUUUGGCUUGGGUGGGCUCACCUCCCAGCCCGCCGGUUUCAUGGUGUACUUGGGAUGCCCCGCUUUCCUGCCCGCCGCGCUCGUCUACUUCGCCGGCCUGGGUGCGGUCAUGUACUUGGGUGCCGGAGGUGCUGUCAUUGGUGGCUCCCCCGUUUUCGCUCCCGCCUUCAAAUUCUACAGCUCUCCCGAGGGCGUGGCCAACUACUACGUCCAAGGCAACGGUGAUGCCCCCAACAAUGGCAUCGGCUACUACGACAAGAACACGAGCAUCAUCGCCACGCCCGUGCCCAAGAUCAAGCCCAACAAGACGCGCAUCCUGGCGACCGAGGAGGACUUCCACAACGAGGUCCGCAAGCUCCGGGCCGAGCGGCGCCUGUCCGUCUCGGCGGUCAGCGACCUCCUCUUCAACUUUAUGGACGCCGACGGCGGCGUCAGCUUCUUGGGCGCGGACCUGAAGGUACAGCCCUACAUCGACCUGGGCAACAACGAGGUUGUCAAGGAGCUGUCCAGCUGGGUGCCCGCUGGGAUCCUGCAGGGCGCCAAGGACAUUGGCCUCCUGAACAAGUUUGGCUCGGAGGUGGGCCGCGGGCCCCUCCUGGAGAUGCAGGCGGACAGCGUCACCGAGUGCCAAUUCUGCGGUGAGGGAGACGUGGUCGGCUCCAACAAGGGGGCUUGCACCAAGUUCGACUCCUGCAAUGCCCUCAAGGAGAAGGCACCCGCCGGAUCCGAGGCGGCCUUCGAUUCCAACGAGGUGGAGUACGACGCCUGGCACGUGGUCAUGGCCACCUUCAACCCCACCACCCCGGCGGGCGAGUCCGUGGCGCCCGAGGACUUCCGGGACGCUUUCCGCUCCUACUUCCUGGCCAACAAGACGACCGGCGUCUCCGUCUCCGCCUUCUUGGACCAACCCGACGAGCUUUUCAAGGAGUCCAUCCCCGCACGCGCCUUGUCCGCUCUCGCCGACGACAAAUUCCCCGCCUCCACGCCCCUCCGCGCCGUUUUCCUCUUCAACGACGACGGAAAGGCGGAGGCGGUGGCUUCCGCCCUCCAGGACACCACCUCCAGCUGGUACGAGGAUAUGGAGCUCUACGUCCAGGAUUUCCUGAGCUUGGAUGGGGUGCAGAUUGGUGCCAUGGACGGCGAGCUCGAGAAGGUGCUCUACGUGCCGGCCUACAACACCCCCGAGUGGUCCAAGGCCUUCGCCAAGGAGGCGGACGCCGCGGCGGGGACCAACUCCAUCCGUCUCAUCGACGGGGAGCACGCCGGCUUGCCCAUGUCGCACGUAGCUGCCGGGCAGACCUACACGGUUCUCCUCUCCAAGUUCCCUAAAAACUUGGACAUGACCGUCCAGCUGAUCGGCUCCCAGGAGCUGAAGGGGAAGAACAAGCAGACCAUGUCGCCCAUCUCCUCCAUCAAGACGGACAAGGACGGGAGUGCCAGCAUCACGUGGAAGGUCCCUGCCGACCAGCCCUUGGGUGACUACUACCUCAAGGCGAACGACAAGACCGGCCUGAUCUUCGGGAUGACCCCCUCGCUGGAGGUGACGGCCGCGCCCAAGCGUCGGCUUUGGGGCCCUCACAUGGAGCUCUAAGGCCUUCGUGAGGGACCAAAAAGUGACAAGGGAGAAGUGACGGCGUCCCAAAGAGUCGUGCUUUUCCCCAUCACUUUGAUCGCCUGUGUACCUGGGGAAGGUCACUCCUCGAGGAGGUACGGGAUUAAAAAACGGGUGGUAUAGAAAAGGGACGAAUAAUUUUAUUUGAUCGGUAUGUAAUACAGCAAGGAGGUUUUAAUGUAAGCAAGUCCAUCCAUCAUGAGGAGAGGAGGGACAGGCUGGUAAAGAGGGAGAGGUGAGAGGGGAAACAUAUUGUAUGUGGCGCCCAUCAUCCCUUCGCGUCCUGUCCUUCCGUUAGGUCUCCUAGUGUAUUCGGAGAGUGCGCUCGAUCACUCAAUUUUUGGGUGCGUCUUGCUACUUUGUGAGUGCGUGGGUGGAUGGAUGACUUCGUGUGUCGCUCUCUUUGCUCGUUUCGGCCUUGCUUCGGGCGUACAGACGCGUUUUCCUUGUGAGACGUGUAGUAUUGCCUUGGAGGAGAGAGUGUACACAUAUAUAAGCCAAAGCACUCGAAGUAAGCCAGCCCCAGCAACAACAACCAGCAGAAAUUCAGUCAAACAAAUUGUGUGUUGAGGGUUAGGGAAGUUAAAGUGACAGGAGUAACAUAAAAGUACCUAUAUAUUUUUGACGAUAAAGUGUACUUAUACGACGUGGAGCAGGAACUCGUAAAGGGCAAUGUUUGAACAUGGAGGUCUAUGAGGAAGUCUUUUGCUAUCCAAGGCUCAGGGGCAGAGAGAGAGAUGGGAGUGUGCGACAUCAAACACUUGGACCUUUACGUAAACGAUGCGGUGGACAAGGAAAAGUGCAUGAAGCAGAACAUGUCAGCCGAUAGCUGACAGUAUACUAGA